ACCGUGCCAAAUGUUUUGAGAGUGCCGAUUGAGAGAUGGUACAGACACGGGAAACGUUAGCAUUUCCUCUGGAUGUUAAGGUGACGCAGGAACCGUCACUGCAGCGUUUGCUUUGCGUUCAGAUGCGGCAGCUCAGCGCAGCUGUAGGUGGAGGAGCGUGCCAGGGAGAGGGGAGCUGGGAUGCAGCUGCAAUCUACACUCGCAGGGGUCUGUCCUGCCUCCCGAGGCUGCAUUGCAGUGGGCGCGAAAGGCUCGUGUGUACCGAAGUAUAGGGGACCUGUCUGCAGCAGGAGGGCCUCGAAGGACACGGAGGAUUAUGGUAUCACUGAAGGCAUAAGAUUCAGAGGUGCCCACGGUCUAGCAUCCCCCAGUUUGGGCGGAAAGUCGAACUGCUCACAACGGCGGUCCUCGCGAGCGCCCAGCGCAGCGGCUGCAAUGCCUCGUCCCAUCCUGCGAGGGCCGCUAGGAGCGAGUCACGACGCGGGGCCGCUCUGGUCGCCCGCGAGUGUCGGUGGCCCCGCCCCGCCCGCAGCCGCGGGUGGAGACCGAGGACGGCGCCGGCGCGUGCGCGCUCCCUCGGCGCGGCGGGCUGCGUGCGCGAGUGGGAGGUGGCAGGCCUGCGCCUCCGGCCUUGCCCGCGCCCGCUCCCAGCGCGACUUCUGCAGCCAUGAACCGGUUUGGUACCCGGUUGGUGGGAGCCACGGCGACCUCUUCGCCGCCGCCGAAGGCCCGCAGCAAUGAAAACCUCGACAAAAUAGAUAUGUCUUUGGAUGAUAUCAUCAAAUUGAAUCGAAAGGAAGGGAAGAAGCAGAAUUUUCCAAGACUAAAUAGAAGACUCCUCCAGCAAAGUGGUGCCCAGCAAUUCAGGAUGAGAGUGCGAUGGGGAAUCCAACAGAAUUCUGGUUUUGGUAAGACUAGUCUGAAUCGUAGAGGAAGAGUAAUGCCUGGAAAGAGACGUCCUAAUGGGGUUAUCACUGGCCUUGCAGCUAGGAAAACAACUGGAAUUCGAAAAGGAAUUAGUCCUAUGAAUCGUCCACCUCUAAGUGACAAGAAUAUAGAACAAUAUUUUCCAGUGUUAAAAAGGAAGGCAAAUCUUCUGAGACAAAAUGAAGGGCAGAGGAAACCAGUAGCAGUUCUCAAGAGACCUAACCAGCUAAGCAGAAAAAAUAACAUUCCAGCUAAUUUUACCAGGAGUGGAAAUAAAUUAAAUCAUCAGAAAGAUACUCGUCAGGCAACUUUUCUUUUCAGAAGAGGCCUGAAGGUUCAGGCCCAGUUGAAUACAGAACAACUGCUAGACGAUGUAGUAGCAAAGAGAACUCGUCAAUGGCGAACUUCCACUACAAAUGGAGGAAUUUUGACUGUAUCUAUUGACAAUCCUGGAGCAGUGCAAUGCCCAGUAACACAGAAACCACGAUUAACUCGUACUGCUGUACCUUCAUUUUUAACAAAGCGGGAGCAAAGUGACAUCAAGAAAGUUCCUAAAGGUGUUCCCCUACAGUUUGACAUAAACAGUGUCGGAAAACAGACCUCCAGUCCAAUGUUGAGUAGAAGUGACAGGGAUGACGUUGAAUGAGCGGUUUGGGAUCCUGAAGGAACAAAGAGCCACUCUCACAUACAACAAAGGGGGAAGCCGCUUUGUCACCGUGGGAUAGGUCCCAUGUCAAAGGAACUUUUGAAUGAUGACUCUGAAAAGUUGAAUUGCUUGAAGAGUUCAUCACAGAAAUUCAAGAAACUUUACUUCAAAAUAUUCACAAGGCUAAUAACUCUUAUUUUUAUUUUUGAAGGUUUUUUUUUUAAAUGUAUAAAAUAAUGCCCUGAAAGAAUAAUAGGGAUUAUACCUAUCUGUUCUUAAAGAUUUCAUGGUUGGCCCAGACAGAACAAUCAUGUGUUUGACUUCUUUGGUUCCUCAUGCAGCAGAAGGAAGACAGAAAGAUAGACAUUGAUUAUUUUUAUGAUAGUGGUAUUCAGGAUCUCAUCACCUUUGCCCGUAUUUUAGACUUUGUCAUGGUAAAUCUUGGUCUUCAGAAACAUGAGUAGGUCCCUUUGUUGCUGUCACUCACCCUUUAAUAGUGUUGAAGUAGUCAGUACAGUUGCCUUUUCUUCAUUAGAGAUACAAAAAAUUUAUUAGAAUUCCAGUUUUGGAUUUUAAGAUUUAUGGGAAUAUCUAGAACAUGGUUCCUUUUUCAGACGGUGUAAUCCCCUGGAAUUAUACAGCUUUAGUGCUGAACUUUUAACAAGAAAUGUGGCUCUAGGUACUAGUCUCAGUUUAAAAUGUUGGUGUUUAAAGACUGUAAAAUGCAUAUUUACAAAGUUAUCUGAUCGGGCCUUGGAGGAGAAGGUCCAGUUUUAAAAAAUGACAGUUUGUGUUUAAUAAAUGAAGGCACGAGAGGAAGUAGGUAGCAAGUUGAAGGACAGGUAGUUGAGAUGAAAAACUUCAAAACCCUGGUUAUAGGUGUACUGUUUGGAUUUAGCUUAGUCUUGAGUCUAGUGUCCACAAAGAAUUACUUAAAUGAUAUUUAGAAGAAUUAUAACUAUUACAUAGAAUGGAGUCCCUUGGAUAUUUUGAUAGUAAAAUUAAUAGCCAUAAAGUCCUAGACUUCUUAUUUGAAGUUAAAAUUCCUUAUUUGAAAAGUUGAAAUUUAUGAGCUUUGAAGAUUGCUAAAUUAAAUAAUUUAUAGCUCCAAAAACAAAAAUAUACUUGUAUAUGUCACAGAGAGAAAAAAUGCAAAAUUUAUAAUAGAGUUACAUUAACCUUGUUGUUUACCUUUCACUGAUUUCUUAUAUGGUAUAAAUUAAAGUUCAGGCAUUUAUGGGGAGAAAAGGCCCUCCCCACCGCCCCGCCACCUGCCACCUCUGACGGAGUGGGAGAAGUUUGUGCCAAGAUAGUACUGAGUCCUUAGAUGUUGUAUACUGUAAAUUACGGUAUAAUGCCAAAUGCAGCAAAAUCUUCCAGCUAUACGUUACAAGUUUGGUCAUUUUGAAGCUUGACAUUUUAGUUUGCCAUAAUGUUAAAAACAUCUAAAUAGGUGUUAGUUUCUCAGGAGUAGAUAGUUAGUGUUGACUUUUCCUGUAAAGCAGACAUCGUUCUUGGCCUGCCCUGUGUUGUAUACUAGACGUCAUUGUUGUCUCUCAUGCUUCUUGAGUUGCUUCAUGGUUUAUGCUCACCAUGGAAAGCUAUCAGUAACAGUUUCAUGCUUAUACCAAAGAAUUGAAUCUGAUCUUUAAUAUCUGAUAUUUUCCUGGUACUUGUACUGAUAAGGGAUUAUUGGAAGUCAGUCACAGAAUUUGAAAAUAAAUUCUAGUCUCUCCUUAGCUAUUUGAUGCUUUUCAUAUAGGCCAAGAACUCAUUGCAAAACAUUUUUGCAAGUAUGAAUGCCUGUAUUUGGUCUAGGAACAGUACAUUUUAGUCUGAUUUAGAAUUACUGGUAGCUUAUUUUAAAGCAAGGAAAAGCAGCUGAGCUCAAGUUUGCUGUCUUUAGAACGGUUUGUGAAAAUAUGGUAUAAAGGUGUUUUCAUUUUCCUGUUCUUACCUAUUAUUGUAUAGAGCUAUUCAUGCCAUUUUUUGGGAAAACCUUAAAAAUUGCCCCAAAUACUGACAUUGAGUGCAUUAAAUAACAAAUUAUCUUUGGUAUAUUAAACUUUUAUUCUUCAUGCAUCUGUAAUUUAAUUUUAAGUAUAAUGUUUUGCCUUUGGUACAACUAAAUUAAAACUCUUGGUGGUCACAUAUUGUAUAUAAACAAAACAAUAUGCUUUGUUGAAGGAAAAUUUUCUUUAUUGGAAUGUGGUUGUAAUCCUUGUUCAGUUCUUAAGUUUCGGUUUUUUUAAAAAACAGGAUGCAACUUAAACUUUUCUUUGCAUCAAGGUAUAUGCAAAACAUUGGUGCCGUGCAUCACCAAAUGAAAGUUUGUAUUUAACGAGGAGGUGCUUUACACUGUACUUUUUGGUGUUUUUUGGAAAAGUUACAUUUAGAUCUAUUCUGAAGCUGUUCAUUUUUAACAAAUAAAAUGUUACAGGUUUCACAUGAUUUAUUCUCAGCUC